GAAGCCCAGGCUGGCGAGGUCGUCUUCGGUGAUGUCGAGGACGGUCUCCCAAUCGUGGAAACCGUGAUCGGUGAGGGCGUCGAAGUAAGAGGCGAGACCCAGACGCUCCAGGACUUGGCUCAGAUCGGGCGAAGAGGCCAUGUCGAUCGACGCCAGCGAAGGGAGCGGGGUGACGCAACGGAGACGUAAGGGAUCCUACUGAGGAUGGGAAAGGGUCGGGGGCUGGAUGCAUAUUUGAGCGUGGGAGCAACAGAGGGAGAAAAGCGCGGUAGAUGGGCGCCAUGGGGAAAAGUCGCCUGGAAGAGCAACAUGGCAAAGUGUGUGAAGGCUGAACUCGAUCGGGCAUGCGAAGGGGCGCCAGAGUGGUCUGAUGUGGGCUGGGUUUGAUGAAAAGGAUCGAGGUCUGGACCUUCCGCUGGAGGAGAUGAAGCUUUUUGGCGGAAAGCUUGGUAUUGGGGCUAGACCCUCUAGAACCGCUAGCCAGGGGAGGGAGCAAGGCCGGCACCUUCCGACCUCAGCAGUUUCCCGAUCUGGGGCGGUUGUGGCUAGUAGGGCGACUGACGGCGGAUAUGCUAUGGAGCGCUGGGGAGUAUAUCGAAAACACGGUGCCAUUGUGUCACGAGUUAACUGUCUCCUGCAAACCCCGAUUCUCGAGAUGCCGAUGCUACACCUCAUUCUCGAUCCGCAGCCGGCGACGGCUAGCCUACCCUUGGAAGUACGGGAGCGGAGCGCGGGGCCACGGUGGGCACGAGGGGCAGGUAUAUUCCAACGCGGGUUCACGAUGCUCCGCAGGCCUACUACUCUACGGAGUACUACACGAGAAACCGCUCUGGUGCUGCAGUAACCCUCCCCCGACCUUAGGCUGUUUCGUCCCGUUGUAAUCCGAAUGCACCAUAGGUUGUGUCAUAUACAGUAACAAGUUUACAUACCACGAUCCGUAGUAAUA